ACAUUUCAAUUUAUAUAGGCUUUUCUCAAGCCAUUCUCCAAUAUUUGGAAUUUAUUUUAUGACUACACAAGUGUAGGCAUGUCAAACAAUCACAUCCUGUAUCGUCUAUAAGCCUAUAUACACUUGAGAAUAAGUAAAGUAUAAAAGCAGGGCUGUUUCUGGAACUUCACAAACUCUUCCUUCUAAAUUCUAAAGGCAACAACCAAACCAAGCUUCAUCAUGGCAAUGCUGAGAGAUCUAAUGCUUCUUUUUGUUAUCUUCUCCAUGGGAAAUGCACAAGUUAAUUUAGAUAAAAAAUGCCCCUUUGGAUGGAAAAACUUUGGAGUCCGAUGCUACAAGUACUUCUCUCAGUCGGCUGACUGGAUCACAGCAGAGAGAAACUGCCAAAGUCUUGAUGCAAAUCUCGCAUCUGUUCAUCAUAAACCGGAAAACGAUUUUCUGCUGAGUCUGUUGCCUUCUUCUUCCACACGUUCUUGGAUUGGUGCUCAUGAUGGUAUAAAAGAUGGACAGUGGUUGUGGAGUGAUGGAUCUGAGUAUGACUUUACCAACUGGUGCUCUAAAGAGCCUAACAAUAGCGGUGGUCCUGAGAACUGUCUGGAGAUCAACUUUUCCACUAACCUUUGCUGGAACGAUAAGGCAUGUUCAGACAAAUUUACCUACAUUUGUGCUAAAGACCUGUGAGGUCAUGCUGCUCCAGAAAUUACUUUGAUUGUACACCUUCAGAUCUUUUCCUUACAAAAAAUGUUAUUCUGAAAUUAAACCUCAUAUAAAUCUUUUCAAAGCUUUAAUUUCUUCUCAUUACCUUCUGUGAAACUUCUCUAAUCAAUAAAAGCAUUGAUACAGCAAA